UGUUGCGUGUUCUCGGUGAGGAGGACACACCGGAGGAGCGCAGCAGCAACAUGGCUGCAGAUUACUGGGAGCCACAACGAUCCGACACUCUUUCAGCCUGAACCGAGCCAAAGACAACCCGGGCCGGACCGGGACAAAUCACCCCGGUGUGGUCUCCAGGCUGGCUGCCCCGCCCCCUUCAGCAUCCCGCCCCCCUCUGCCCCCCCGGGCCCCCCUCAUGGAGAGGAUGAGGAAGAUCAAACGACAGCUGUCACUCACUCUGGGAAGGGGAGGGGCUGCGGGAGGGGACAGCAUAAUGGGUGACACAAUCAACCAGGAAGUGACAUCACACAGUGACUCAGAGGUGGUGUCUCGUCGUGGUUCUUCUUCUUCUUCUUCUUUGAAGGUUCGAGGUUCUUCUUCAUCAGUAACGUCUCUUCUUCAGUCGUACGGCCGGAAGCCAAGAAACCUCGGACGCAGCCUGAGCUCCUACUUGAACCACACCACCCGCCUAGAGAUCGUCCAUGAGGACGUGAAGAUGAGUUCCGACGGUGAAAGUGAUCCUUCAUCAGAGGAAGUUCAGAGUCCAGUUAGAGUCCGCAUGAGGAACAAGAAAAUCUCCUCCGAGGACAUAAACAAACGCCUGUCGUUGCCGGCUGAUAUUCGUCUUCCUGACGGUUAUCUGGAGAAGUUUAAUGUGAUUGGUCCAUCCCUGUUUGAUCAGCCAAUCAGCAGGCGGCUGCGCAGAGUGUCUCUGUCAGAGAUUGGUUUUGGGAAACUGGAGACGUACAUCAAACUGGACAAACUGGGAGAGGGCACGUACGCCACAGUGUAUAAAGGUCGAAGUAAACUAACGGAGAAUCUUGUCGCUCUGAAAGAGAUUCGACUUGAACAUGAAGAAGGAGCUCCGUGUACUGCGAUCAGAGAAGUUUCCCUUUUGAAGGAUCUCAAACACGCCAACAUCGUCACGCUUCAUGACAUCAUCCACACACAGAAAUCCCUCACCCUGGUGUUUGAGUAUCUGGACAAAGAUCUUAAACAGUAUCUGGACGACUGUGGAAAUGUCAUCAACGUUCACAACGUCAAACUCUUUCUGUUCCAGUUGCUGCGUGGUUUGUCAUACUGUCAUCGGAGGAAAGUUCUCCACAGAGACCUGAAACCCCAAAACCUGUUGAUCAGCGAGCGAGGGGAGCUGAAGCUGGCGGAUUUUGGUUUGGCUCGAGCGAAGUCGAUCCCGACGAAGACAUACUCUAACGAGGUGGUGACGCUGUGGUACAGACCGCCCGACAUCCUGCUGGGUAGCACUGAUUACUCCACCCACAUCGACAUGUGGGGUGUUGGUUGUAUCUUCUAUGAGAUGGCGACAGGGCGUCCUCUGUUUCCUGGUUCAACGGUGGAGGAGGAGCUUCACUUCAUCUUCAAACUGCUCGGGACUCCCACAGAGCAGAGCUGGCCUGGGAUCAGUUCAAAUGGCGAGUUUGUGACGUACAACUACCCUCAGUACAGAGCUGAACAACUGAGUACACACACUCCGAGGCUCAGCAGUGAAGGUGUGGACCUGUUGUCAAAGUUCCUGCAGUUUGAAGGGAAGAAGAGGAUCUCGGCGGACGGGGGCAUGAGUCAUCGAUACUUCAGUAACCUUGGAAACAGUGUGAUCUCACUUCCUGACUCAACGUCCAUCUUCAGUCUGCCGGAGAUACGACUGGAAAAAGAGACACUCAGACCGACUGUCCCUCCUGAGCCAGCAAAUAGUCCGACGAGGAGGCGGAGUCUGCUCUUCUGACAUCAUCAACGAGGCGGGGUCAGACAUGAUUGAUGAUAAGAAGGAGGAGAACCCGCUGCUGAGAAACAGGAAGUGUGACAUACAGACGCAAUAAAGACUCACCACUCGUCCAAUCAGUUAACAGCAUGUUGUUGCUAACGGCAACAGAUCCACCACAGCACACGACCCGAUGAAUGACUUGAAGUUUAUUGCACACAUGAGAUGUGGGUGUGAAGUCUGUCUUCCUUUUUCACAGAUUUUUAAAAGACUUUUAUCAGGAUCCUGGAAAACCCGGAAUUCUUCUGACGCAGCCUCGUUGUCAUGGAAACACCUGGAUACAGUCACACCUGCAGUGUGCGGCGUGGUGUCUAGAGUUAACCUGAAGUUGUUUGACUUACUGAACGGUAUGACAUCAGUGAUGACAUCAUAGAAAUGGACUGAUGACAUCACAGGCUGUGGGAGAAUCAUCAGUUUGAAGUCAAGCAGGUGAAGGUUGUGACAUCAUCAUCACGUGACAGGAAGUGAGUGAUUUUUCAUCAGCGAAUUUAAACUGGAGAUGAGAUGAAGCGUCACAUUUAUGACCUCAGAGUUUUAGCGUGUUUUUAAACGUGUUUUUAACGUGUUCAGAGCUGCUGCAGUUUAAACGUCAGUGUUAGUGUCAUUAUUAAUCUGAAGAAGCCAUUUUAUUCUGAAAGAAACCUGCUGAACAAAACUCUUAUUCUGAAAGAGUGAAACUGGUUUCUGCUGUACUGCAUGUGUGUGUGUGUGUGUGUGUGUGUAUGAGUGUGUGUGUGUGUGUGUGUGUGUGUGUGUGUGUGUGUGGUGUGUGUGUGUGUGUGUGUGUGUGUGUGUGUGUGUGUGUGUGUGUGUACGUACACUCAGACUGUAUGCUAUAAUACUGUUGAUAUAUACUAAUACUGUAAAGUGUGUAAAACUGAGGAGUCAGAGCCGUGGAAGAAAGAUUUAAUUUGAAAAGUUCACAGAUAGUUUCCUGUUUUUUAGUUGUCACCU